UUUGAAAUUCAAAAUGACAAAGGAAAACAGUAAGACAGACAAUGAUAUGCUUGACGCUAUGGCUGUUAUUCAAGAAGCUCUUAUUGAUUUAUACCUAAAUGUCAAAGUCCGAUCUAAAGACGAGAUAAAUGAAUAUAAUAAUGAGGAUUUUUCCAAAGAAAGAGAUAAUUUGUACAUCACAAGCCCAUUAGAUUUAAUUAAUUAUAUUCAGACCUCAGUUGAAAUACUCAUGAAUAUAAAAAUUGAAGACUAUUUAUCACAGAAAAAGAGCUUUCAAAGCAGAAUAGGUAAUAAACUAAAAUACAAGAAAGAAGAGUUUAAAGAAAGAGCAGUUAAACCUGAAGAUGAGAUUUCUAAAAGACUUGACGAUUCAAACAUCAGUAAUCAUUACCAAACAAAAGACUCUAAAGACAUUUCAGAAAAGGGACAGAGAAUAGAAACUGACAAUCUUGAAGAAGGUCCUAAAGAGACAGGAGGAGCUGGAAUAAAGAAGGAGGAAAAGCAGCUUAAAACUACCUCUUCACAAAAUGAAGGUUUAUUAAAUGGAGCUUUAGAGUCAUCUAGUUCUUUUAUCCCUUUUAGCAAUAGAACAUCUCUUACUCAUGUUCCAACUAUUUACGAAGAGGUGAUUCAGAAGUAUGAGAAUGAUAUUAGAAAUCAUAUCAGAAUAGAGCAACAGAUGAAGCUACAUUCAGAUAGUGUUCUUAACAAAUUAGAAGAUAAAGAAAAAGCUUUUGACAAAUCCUGAACUAAAAUAAAAACUUUAGAAGAAAGAUUAAAAGAAUUGGAAAUUACAAUGAAAUGCGAAGCAAAAGUAUUAAAAGAAGAAAACAAAGCUUUGAAGAAGUCACUAGAACAAAAGAUUGAACAAAUCUUAAGCUUAGAAAUUACUCUAAAAGAGGCUACUCAAAAUUAUAGCAAGCUUGAAAAAAAUUCAGCAAGGCCAAAACAAAGAAUUUCCAUUCUGGAGGCAUAACAC